ACAUCGCAAAAAAGUAAACAAAACGCUGCCGGCACGCGAACAUCUUGAAUUUGUUAAAUUACAUUUGAAUAACUUAAAAUGCCGAACUGGAACCAAAUUCAGUCGCAGCUGCGCAGCUCCAACAACCCAGUCGUCUUUUUCGACAUUGCCGUGGGCACAACAGAAAUCGGGCGAAUGAUCUUUGAGCUGUUCGCAGACACAGUGCCGCGGACGGCGGAGAACUUUCGACAAUUCUGCACAGGAGAGUAUCGACCUGAUGGUGUACCCAUUGGCUACAAGGGCGCCAGUUUCCACAGAGUAAUUAAGGAUUUUAUGAUACAAGGCGGUGACUUUGUCCAGGGCGAUGGCACCGGCGUCACCUGCAUCUAUGGCAACACAUUUGGCGAUGAGAACUUCACCUUGAAGCACGACUCACCUGGCUUGCUGGCCAUGGCCAACAGCGGGAAGGACACAAAUGGGUGCCAGUUCUUCAUCACCUGUGCAAAAUGCAACUUCCUGGAUGGCAAGCAUGUGGUAUUUGGACGAGUGCUCGAUGGUCUGCUUAUUAUGCGAAAGAUUGAGAAUGUUCCCACGGGGCCCAACAACAAGCCCAAGCUGCCAGUGACGAUUUCACAAUGUGGACAAAUGUAGAGUAGAUGUUUGGGUAUUUGAAUUUUGUAUAAAUAAAUAAAUGUUGCUAUACAGUGUCU